CCAUAAUUUACGUGUAUGUUGAUCUUGCAAUAUCUACUGUCUCUUUUUAUGUACGACCUGAUGCACUAUCAUAUACUAUGAAGAUUUCUAAGGAUAUUUCACGUGUAUUUAAUAUACUUGUUGUUGUUUUCACACCAGUCCUUUUGUUGCCGUUACCAUUAGUUGUUGGAACACAGGAAUCAAAAUGUGCUUACAUAGUGUUUAUAAUGGCAAUAUACUGGAUCACCGAAGCGUUGCCUAUUGCAGUGACGUCACUAUUGCCUAUAAUUCUGACACCAUUAGUUGGACUUGGGAGUGCAAAAGAAGUUUCUUCACAUUAUUUGAGUGAUACAUCCAUGUUAUUUCUUGGUGGACUCAUCAUUGCCGUAGCUAUUGAACAUUGGAAUAUACACAAACGAUUGGCCUUGGCUGUUCUAAUGCUUGUUGGAACUGAGACUCGUUGGUUGAUGCUUGGACUGAUGUUACCCACUUGGUUAUUAUCCAUGUGGAUCAGUAAUACAGCAACAACAGCCAUGAUGAUUCCUAUAACAAACGCCAUACUGGUACAGCUAAAGGAAGCAAACGUCCCCGACGAAGACAUUGCAACGGAAGUUUAUGAUAACGAUGCACUUAAGCUAGAAGAUAUAGAAGUUAAUGGUGUCAUCAAAGAAAAUGGUCAACCUACAAGUACCGAUAUAGAGAAAGCAGAUAAAACUUCAAAUUACAAGGCUGAUCCUGGAGACAACAUGAAUCAACAUGAAAGCAAAGAACAUCUCGAAAUAUGUAAAAUGAUGUCAAUCUGUAUAGCACAUGCCGCAAACUGUGGUGGCCUUGGGAGCUUGACCGGAACUGGUCCUAAUGUUGUUUUCAAAGGACAAAGUGAUAUCAUAUUUGAGAAAUACGGAGGAGAAUCGCCGGUUACCUUUUCCUCGUGGUUUGCAUUUGGUUUACCAAUAUCUGCUAUCAUGUUACUGUUAUCUUGGCUAUGGCUUCAGUUUUACUUCUUAGGAAAAGGUUGUUUGCAGUUCUGUUCCGGAAAUGCGGAGUCUAGGUCAAGAAUCAAGUCGCUUUUGAGAAAAGAAUAUGCCAGUCUAGGUCCAAUAGACUUUGCCCAAGCCGCCGUAAUUGGUCACUUUGUUCUCCUGGCAUUAUUGUGGAUAACAAUAGAUAUAGGGGAUGGAGGUGGAUGGCAUAAUAUAUUUCCACCAAAAACAGUUUCAAACUCUACACCAGCUAUAUUGUUAUCCUGUAGUUUGUUUAUAUUUCCAUCUAGAAUCAGAAAGUUUUCCGAAAAAGGACCUAUACCUCCUCUGCUUACGUGGAAGAUAGUAGAGAAGAAGUUACCAUGGGGUGUGGUUAUAUUGUUAGGCGGAGGAUUUGCUCUUGCUUUCGUUAGUCAGGAAUAUGGGUUAUCCAAAUGGCUAGGAACGCAAUUGGCUGUGUUAAAACCCCUUGACCCAUGGAUUGUGAAUAUGAUAUUGUGUAUUAUCGUAGCGGCAGCGACAGAGGUCACAAGCAAUGUUGCAAUGUGCACACUCCUGAUGCCGAUUUUGGCUGAACUAUCUUUACAACUAGAAGUUAAUCCUCUGUACUUCAUGUUUCCGGCAGCCAUUGCGACAUCGUUUGCUUUUAUGUUACCCGUGGCAACACCGCCAAAUGCUGUGGUGUUUGCCUAUGGAUACCUGAAAGUUAUAGACAUGGUUAAAGUUGGUUUUUUGAUGAAUAUACUUGGAAUAGUUGUACUGGUUAUAGGAACGGAAACGUGGGGAGAAGCUGUGUUUGGUUUCCAUAAUCAACCAGAUAUCUUUAAGCAUGGACUAAAUAACACUGACAUUGUAAAUAACACUUGCAUCUGUAACGGAAGUCUACUUUUGUAA